GGACAUCGUCCUUUCUUCUCAUUGCAACAUCGCGUCGAUACGUGUUACAGACAUACCAGCCGCAUACGAGACCACGUAUAGGAUAGCAUACAUCCUCAGUGUCGUCCCCCUGUCGACCGCCUGAAGCCCGCCAUGGGUGAUCGAAUGGAUGUUGAAGCCACCAAUGUCUCUCACCGUCAAAAUCAGGAGGACUUCCAGAACAUACCCGCUGCGGUGUUGAAUACUCAAGCUGCUCAGCAGCCAGGAUUCCGCGACAUUCCAGUGAAAGUGCACAUUAGACGUCCUGACAAGGAUACAUGGUCGUACCUUGGCCGCGGGGUAGCGUCUCAUGAAGUGUCAGGGCAAGCAUCCCGAGUCGUUAUUCGUUCCGCAUCUACAAACAAAGUAUGGACAACAUUUGGCGAGGGCUCUGAAGUUCAAGCCGAGAAACGAGGCAACUUCGUCGUAAUAGGCUGUGUGGAUGGCAAUAGGGUUGUUUCUUGGUCAUUGAAUGCUCUCAAUAACAACGAUACUCUCCGCUUACUGGCCAUGGUGGAGCUCGCCUGCUACAAGAGCCGAACGCUUACCACGGAUCCCAGACUGCACACUAAAAUACGGAGGCGUAUCGAAAGAGUGAUUAGAGAAGACCGCCGCAAAAGGCACAAGAGACGAAAGGAUCAAGAUGCCAUGGUGGAUGCCUUUGCUAAGCAUUCCCUUAGUGAGCCCCCCAGAGAGGCAUCUAUGGAAGAAUCUUGACCGCCACGCAUGUAUCACAGCUGUACUCCGCAUCUGUAUCUUUCCCACCGCACGUCUAUCGUUUCAAGUCCUAAUGUAUUCUAUCGUCAUUUCGUCGCUUUGCCCUUCGUCCGUUGUGGACUUCACCAUGUACAUCUUGCUGUCCUAGCUAGCCCGUCGUCGGAUUAUCCUUAUCACCUUACCUUUUCAGUAAAUAUGCAU